AUGGCGGUGGGCGAAGGCAAAGUCCUCUUUGACGGCAACUUGUCUUCUGCAGUUUAUUACCUUGCCUCGCCCUCUCCGGCACUCGUCACUCUUUUGCCCCAGGCUUCGCCUCCCCUCCCCCUCUUAACCCACCCCGUCGUUUCACUUGAGCUCUUCUCGUCAAAAGAUGCACGCUUUCUCCUCGCGGCGACAACUGCGGCAUUUGCGCAGACCACUACUACCACGUCUGCUGCAGCCGGCCAGACCUAUGUCAUCACCGUCGGGCAUAACACGACGUCGAACGCUAGCCUGGUCUUCCAACCUCAAGAGGUUCAUGCUGAGCUAGGAGAUACCGUGUUGUUCAACUUCACCGAUGGUAAUCACACAGCGAUACAGUCUACUUUCUCCGAACCUUGUAUACCUGCGCAUCAGACCAACAUUACAAUCAACGGCUUCGACUCUGGCUUCCGAGAUGCUGGGAAUGGGACUGCUAUUACGAUCCUCUCAGUGCCGAUUCUUGCUGAGAACGUGAACACGACGAUGUGGUUCUUCGACUGGAACACAUGCGCUGAGGGUGGUGUUGGUGUCAUCAAUGCUAACGAUAGCUCUACUGAAACGUUGGCUGGUUUCGAGCGUAAUGCCCUCCGCUUGAACGGUACUGGCUAUGCUACCUCAACGUCUGCUUCCGCAACAUCGACCCCUUCUAGUGGUGGCGCGAACGGCGGCGGUUCAUCUGCAUCCCCCUCGACCACAUCGACCACAUCUUCAGCUGGACGUAAUGCAGCCCUUGGUGGCCUUGCUGUUGCUCCUUUACUCCUCGCUGCCUUCUCGCUUUGA